AUGUUUACUCGCAUUUCCGUCCGAAUUUAUGUUUUCUAUUCCCUUCAGGGCAUCACGGACUAUCGCGACUGUUAUCGGGCUUGGAGUGUGCAGACCAGGCGCCCCAACCGUGCCCAAUGGCAGACCAAUUAUCAACCGCCAACGAUGCCUUUUGAGGGAGAAAGCAUUUCCAAAUUGCACUAUCGCGGACUGGCCAAUCCCAGAGUCAAAUCCUGCAGGCCGGAUCUGCAGACUGGAGAUGCGAUGAAGGCUCCAUUUGAUGAGGACACUGUCUACCGACUAGACUACACACGCAAACAAAUUGAAGUCUGUCCAGCUGCUCUACUGGGCAGUAGAUAUUCGCCAUAUCCUAAUAAUGAGGGGGUGAGUGAGUUUUCUCUCAGUUUGACCUUUAACACUGAAGAAGGCGAAUGUAAAGAUAAUGAAUUUUUGUCGAUGGAAUGGUCUGAUUUUGGAGCAGUUUCAUGCCAUUGUAGGUCCUCUAAAUAUCAACUACUGGCUGACCCUUAA